UCCCAUGCGGUGAACGGUGAACCUCAACGAUCGUCGUUGACUGAUUGGGAUCGUACAAUUUCGUACUGCCGGUGCGAAUCCCUCGGAGAAAUCUCGCGUGCAACAAUUAUGCGACGGUAUCGCGAGGGAUAAAGGGAUACCGGAAAAGUGAGAGCUUUCGGGGCCGUCACAUUCCGUCAAAAACAGGGUGACAGGAGAUAAGAGAAAAGAGCUCGUAGAAAAUCUCCAAGGGACGGGAUAUGAUACCAGGAGAUAUUCAAAUUUCUAAGGAUCCUUCUUCGUCGAUAUAGCACGAUGCACGAUGCAUUCGCGAACACUUGACCGGCGUGGGUGCUACUGGUUUCCUCCUCCGCUUUGAGACCGAGGUCAGGUGUGGGAGGGUGCAAGGGUUGGCAACACGUUCGAGACUGACACAUUACACAUUAGAGGAUGCCGAAAUUAUUUCAAAACCUGCUCAUCUUAGGAUUGGUAAUGACGUCAUGUCUCGACGCGAUAGAAGACAAUGUCACAACAACGACAACGAGAACGUCCACGUUAACAGCAACAUCAGCCAAUACGUCCACGAUCGAGGAAAAUACAUCUUCGUCAUCUUCGGCGACUGUGAUAACGCAAGAUGAUGGCAUCCCGAAAAAUCUAUCCCACGCAUCUCCGUUACUAUCGCCAUCGCCAUCACCAUCGCCAUCGCCGUCGCCGUCGCCGACGCCGUCAUCAUCGUCGUCGCCUUCCCCUGACACUGUGUGGGAGUGCCCCAAUAUCACAAAAGCAGGCGUAGAGUGUUCCUGCGACUUUCCACACACGCUCAGAUGCACUGGCGAUAGAACGGCAUUACAAACCAUCAACGAGCAUUUGAAGCACAGUCGACCGGACGCAAUAUCAUUGCUGGACGUGACUGUGACAGGGAUUUCCGUGUUGCCGGCACGUUUCCUUGAGGAUAUAGCACUUCAUGGCUUAGUCGUAUCCACCGGCGAGCUGCGACACGUCCACGAGGACGCCUUUGCCGCACUAACGCGACCAUUACAAGCGCUAGGACUGCCUAGCAAUCUCCUGGACACAGUUCCCACGAUCGCACUAUCACAUCUAAUCGGUCUGGAUCGAUUAGAUUUAUCUCAUAAUAAAUUGAAAACGUUAGAGGCGGAUUCGUUCAAGGGAUUGUCAAGUUUGACUUAUCUGGAUUUGUGCGAUAAUUUGCUGUCACAGUUAUCGCCGCAGGUUUUCCUGACAUUGCCAAUGUUACGUUCGUUAAGAAUGCGAGGAAAUCGCCUAAGCGUUUCCGCCUUAUCGGCGCUGAGAGGUCUAAAACGUUUGGAAGAGCUGGACCUGUCGAACAAUCUGCUGUUAGGUCCAAUGGGUCCUAAUUUAUUGCCGCAAAUGCCCAAAUUACAUUUCCUCACAGUUUCAGAGAAUGGUCUUGUCAACGUUCAACAGGGGGCUCUUAUGGGUCUUAAAAAUCUUACUUAUUUGAGCUUGAGUCACAAUCAGAUCGACGUGCUAGAGGAUCAUUCGUUUAAGUACCUGACAACCUUGACGCGUUUGGACCUGGCAAACAAUCGCAUCGUCGCCGUCUCCAGCGCUUCCUUGGCUCAUCUAGAAAAAUUAAUUAGUUUAGAUCUAACGCACAACUUUCUGCGAGCGUUGACGGCCGAUCUGGUAGUGCCACUAAAGAGUUUGCAGGAUCUUCGGUUGGACGACAACGACAUCACAAUCGUGGCAAGCGACGUGCUAACAUCAAAACUGCGUCUCAAGAGGCUCUCUCUCGCAGAUAAUCCCUUAAAUUGCGACUGCACCCUGUUGGAGUUCGCUAAUUGGCUGGCAAAUUCCAGCCUGACAGAGGAGGACAAGUCAUCGGCAGUGUGCGCGACACCACCAGCUUUGGAGAACGGUAUCCUAACGCAGGUGCCGCCAGGCAGUCUGCUCUGCGGUGAACCCACGCCGCCGGCAGGUGCGCAACUAAGUCUUAAAGAAUUCCAUUACGACGAAUCAACCGGUAUCAAUUUGUUAUGGCAUGUGGAACAGUGCGCUGAACGUUACACCUGCGAUUCGCUUAUCGUCUAUGAAACUGUCGGCGACAGCGAGAUUCAAACGGAGUCCAGUCCGUUGCAUUGUGACUCCCAGAUGAUGCGAGAUCCCUGCACCCUUCCCGUCGCCAUACCAGCUUCUCUGCAUUUACAAUUAGGUCACAAGUACCGUUAUUGCGUAGUCUUAUUGGUACCCACUGCCUACGAUGAUGUGUCACUUGGUCUCGGCUGCAGUGACGUUAUCGUCUUGGAAAGGACGACCCAGCAGGAGGUAACGACGGAAGAGUAUCAGUAUACGAAAGAAGAGGACAUUUAUUCUCUGACAUCCACGCAAACAUCUCUUGAUGCUUAUUUGCGAAUCACCGGUAUUCAUGUAAAUGUAUCUGAUAAGGGUUAUCUACAUAUCAAUGCAGUUCUGUCCAAAGCGAAAAAUACAACUUCAUUAUCAGUCUGUCAACUAUCCGUCAUCGUGUUCGACGAGGUCUCCGUAGUGCAUCGACAGAGGUUGAAUUGCAGCGCCACGUUUGUCCCCGACAUCGAGAUAUCAUUGCCCGGCUAUUACAGAGUGUGCGCUAGUCUGGACGAACCUACCGAUAUUGUCGUUAUGUCCAGCAAUUUGGUGGAUGACCACGAGAGAUUCCGUUGCGUCGAGCUACUCGAGCAGGGUUACAGCAGACAGAACAUAGAGGUGUUGAUCGUCAUGGCCGUGGUCGCUGCCACUGGCAUUCUCCUCAUCACCCUUGCCGUGCUUGGUAGGAAUCUUGCAAGGCGUUUGCGACAUCCAAGGAUACAAGCGCAAUGCUUCUUGCCGGCCCAAGAGUUUGAGAUCACCCACAAAGCGCAUUAUAUCAAACUCUUGGCAACGACGAAAGUUUAACGAGAAGGAUAUCGUUUGAUCGAUGAAUAUCGCUUUCGAAAUCAAAAUUCUGAAUUUAUAAGAAUUGAAAAAUGAAGAUA